GGGUCAACAACCCCUGCCUUCGCCUCGCGGUGUGGUCUGCCGCACUCUUUUCGCGACUCUUUCCCUCUUUUCCCUUUCACUUGCUUACUGCAUCUCCAUCCAUCUCUUUUAUCCAAUCCUCUUCUUGGUUAUUCCUUGCAACAAUGAGAGAAGUUAUUAGCAUCAACGUUGGCCAAGCUGGUUGUCAGAUCGGUAACGCUUCGUGGGAGCUCUACUGCCUUGAGCAUGGUAUCCAGCCCGACGGAUACCUCACUGCCGAGAAGCAGUCCGGACCCCGCGACGAGGGUUUCAGCACCUUCUUUUCAGAGACCAGCAACGGAAAGUACGUUCCGCGAACAAUCUACGUUGAUCUCGAGCCCAAUGUGAUUGACGAGGUUCGCACUGGAACAUACCGCAACUUGUUCCACCCCGAGCAGCUCAUCACCGGAAAGGAGGAUGCUGCCAACAACUACGCCCGUGGUCACUACACCAUCGGAAAGGAGCUCAUUGACCAGGUUGUCGACCGCGUUCGUCGCGCUGCCGAUUCUUGCGAUGGUCUCCAGGGAUUCUUGUUCACCCACUCGUUCGGUGGUGGUACUGGAUCUGGAUUCGGUGCUCUUCUUCUUGAGCGCUUGUCGCAGGAGUACGGAAAGAAGUCGAAGCUCGAGUUUGCUGUUUACCCCGCUCCUCAGGUUUCGACCUCAGUUGUGGAGCCCUACAACUCGGUUUUGACUACCCAUACCACUCUCGACCACUCUGACUGUACUUUCAUGGUUGACAACGAGGCGAUUUACGAUAUCUGCCGCCGAAACCUGGAUAUUGCUCGUCCGAGCUACGAGAACCUGAACCGCUUGAUUGCUCAGGUUAUCUCGUCGAUCACUGCGUCGCUGAGAUUCGAUGGAUCGCUGAACGUUGAUUUGAACGAGUUCCAGACCAACUUGGUGCCUUACCCUCGUAUUCACUUCCCUCUUGUUACCUACGCGCCUAUUAUCAGCGCGGCGAAGGCAUACCAUGAGGCGAACUCGAUUGCCGAGAUCACGAACGCGUGCUUUGAGCCCACGAACCAGAUGGUUAAGUGCGAUCCUCGCAACGGAAAGUACAUGGCUACGUGCCUUCUGUACCGUGGAGAUAUUGUUACGAAGGACGUUCAGGCCGCGGUAAGUGCGAUCAAGGCCAAGAAGUCGAUUCAGUUUGUGGAGUGGUGCCCUACUGGAUUCAAGAUUGGAAUCUGCUACCAGCCUCCUCAGCUUGUUCCGGGCGGAGACUUGGCUAAGGUUUCGCGCGCGAUGUGCUUGCUUAGCAACACUACUGCGAUUGCGGAGGCUUGGUCGCGUCUUGACCACAAGUUUGAUCUGAUGUACUCGAAGCGCGCGUUUGUGCAUUGGUACGUUGGAGAAGGUAUGGAGGAGGGAGAGUUCAACGAGGCCCGUGAGGAUCUUGCGGCUCUUGAGAAGGAUUACGAGGACGUUGGAGCGGACUCGACCUAUGACCAGGAGGAGGACGCCGAGUACUAAAUGUUUUAUUUUGUUAAAGGAGUGUAAUAUUAUAUGAUAUCCCGGAUUGCGUUAUUCUCUUUGUUUUCUAUUUUUUAUUAGUUUUUUUUAUUAUUCUGCUAAAUUUUCAUAAACCCCUUUAUUAGUACAAGUUAUUGCAAAUAUUCAAAUGUGUUGUUAAUAUAUCAUUAAAUGCAAAGUGAGAGAGUAGAAUGA